AUGGAGCCUACGACUGAAAAAUCCACGGAAAGCAUUGGAGAUCUUAACAAGCCCUUCCGGUUCAAAGGAGCUUCUUUCAAGAGAUGGAAAUGCAAGGUGCUCUUCUAUUUAAGCCUUCUCAACGUCUCCUAUGUUCUCACUGCAAAGAAUCAUAGCAAGAUUACUACCGAGAACAUGACUGAAGCACAAGUAAAAGUUCAUGAAGAAAAGAUUGAGAAAUAUACCAGAAGUAAAUACGAUACGGAAGAAGCCGGAGCGAAGAAAUAUGCAGCAAGUCGCUUCUUUCGAUAUCAAAUGGUAGAUGGAAAAUUCGUUGCGGAGCAAGUACAAGAUUUUCAAAUGGUUGUAGCUGAAGUUCGAUCCGAAUGUAUCAAGAUUGGAGAUAAUCUAAUUGUUUGUGGCAUCAUCGACAAAUUACCACCUUCGUGGAGAGAGUUUCAAAAGUCGAUGCGCCAUAAACAAAAGGAGACCUCUUUGGAGACAUUAAUCACACGUAUUCGUGUAGAGGAGGAAGCAAGAGGCCAAGAUGAUUUGAUAUUUCAAAAUGGUAAUGAGGAUACCAUGACAAAGCUGUUUGUAGCAGUGGUCACAGACAUUAACACGGUUCAAUUUGUUGAAGGGUGGUGGGCAGAUUCUGGUGCCAAUAGGCAUGUUUGCUAUGAUAAAGAUUGGUUCAAAAAAUUUACUCCCUUUGAAGAAGAAAAGACUAUAAUGCUUGGUGAUUCAAGUAAAACCGAAAUUCUUGGGAAUGGUGAGGUUGAGUUGAAAUUCACCUCUGGACGUAUAUUGAUGCUAAAAGAUGUUCUAUAUACAUCGUCUAUGAGGAAGAAUUUGAUAUCGAGUUUUUUACUCAACAAAGCGGGCUUCAAACAAACUAUAGAAUCUGAUCAGUAUGUUAUUACAAAAAAUGGAGUUUUUGUGGGCAAGGGCUAUGCUUGUGAUGGGAUGUUUAAAUUGAAUAUUGAGAAUAAAGCAUAG